AUGUAGUCAAUGUUCUCACUGGUGUAUUGCUUACCAUACUAAACUGUUUACCCUAUGUAAUAAUAUUGCAUAGAAAAUUAACAAUUGAACAUUCAAAAGUUUCAGUCAUUUCCAAAUCAUUAUCGCAGGUAUAAGCAAACUUAAAUUAAGUCUGCCACAAAGUUGGUGAAUUGUUAUUUCCUGUAUUUCAAUUGGUUUUUUUACUUACCUCAGAUGCAUUACAUAGGUUGGAAUUUUUUAAGUCAGAGUGACCUAUUUCUAAUAGUGAUUUCAGUGAUAAUACUUUGUAUAUCUACAGGAUCAUUAUUGAUUUCAAAUAUCUACUUCAUCAAUUUUGAAUUCAAUGAGUAGUCAUUAAGAAAACAUUUUACUUAUUAUAAUUGUUUUGCACAAUUAUUGAUAAUUCCAAUGGCUAUUUUAAAUCAAAGUGAUGAUUCAUUGUACUAAAUGAUUGGCAGAAUAAUACAUGGCAUUAUUCUAUUGAUCUUGAUAUAUGAGGCCUAUUUCGAAUUACCAUUUGGGUAAAUGUAAUUGAAUAAACUUUAGAUUCUCAAAAUAUUCAACCAUAUACAAUAGAUUAUUAAUUAUGCAUAUAUUACUAUUUAUUUUCACAUCUAUUUUGUAUUCAAAUCCUGAUCAAGCUUAUAGUUCAUUAGCUGUAAUGCUAAUUCUAUAACCAGUCUCUUAAUAUCUCUUUUAAACAUUAAUUUAACAUAAAAGAUUAAAAACAUAUCAUAAUACUUUAAAUUAAUAUUAUGAAUUAUUAAUAAUUGAAGAUUUCUUUGAUUUAAUAUAGGCUGCUUAAAAAAGUAAAAAAAGAAUUAUUGAAUUAAUUUAAAAAUUUAGUUUACAUUUGAAUCGUUGUUAAUCAGUUAAAUGUUAAUGUAAAAAAAUAGGAGCUGGAGGUGUUUUGAAAUAAGAAGAUGCAGUCAUUCUAACAUCUUGUUUAUUUAGAAUUGGUUUUGAAAAACAUAGAAAUGAUUCUAAGAAUUUAGAAAUUUAUAGUCUUAAAUUUCUUACAUUUAUUAAUAAAUAUAGAAAUAAUGCUCCAAAAAGUUAUUAAGAGUUGAAGAUUUUAUUUUAAAAGAAACGAGAAUAUUCAUUUUAUUUUAUUUAAAUCUCUCUUCUAUUAUAAUUUAUUUUACAAGCUCAAAUGUAAAAGGAUGAAGAUUAUAAUAUCAAUAAAGAUACAAGAGUAUCUAAUGUAAAAUUAUAAGUAAGUAAAAGUGAAAGAAGUAUUGUAUAAACAUUAUAUUAAAUGGAAUAACUUAAAUAGAAUUUAUUACCUUUAUUAAUGUAGUUAAGUUAAUUUAAAAUUUAAUUUUGGAAAUAAUAUUUGUCUGGUAAAUUUUAAAAUUUCUCUGAAAUUGAAAUUGAAGUUAAAAAAUUAUAAAUCUUAAAAAAUUAAAUUUUAAAUCAAAUUAAAAUUUAUCAACCAAUUUUUUAUACACAUGGUCGUACAUUUAAUGUACAAUUCCUUAAAUAUAGUGCUUUGAUUGAUUUACUCUUAUUUAAUAAUGUUAGAAAAUAUUUUGAAUAAGAAAGAGGUAAUAUAUAUUAUUUAUAUUAUAGAAAGAAGAGAAAUAUUAUAAUUGGAAAAAAGUAUGAACUCUUUUGAAAUAACAAACAUUAACUUUUUUAAAGGAGAAGCCAUAUCUGUAAAAGUUUGUAUUGCCUCAGGACCAAAUAUUGGAAAAGUUUUAAAUGAAGUUAUCUCACCUUUGAUACCUAGAUUUUUUGGGUUUCAUCAUUUUGAUAAUCCAUUAGAAGCUUUCUUAGAUUUUACUAAAGGAAAUAUUAAUACUUUAAUGCCUUCUUGGUUAGAACCUGUUCAUGAUGAAAUUAUGUAAAAUUAUAUUAGAAGAGGAGGUACUGCUAGAAUUGGUAAAUACUUUUAAACUUUUGCAAAAAUAUAUGAUAAAACUUUGAUAAGAUGUUAAGUUUAUUUAGCACAUAAUUUUAGUUAAAAUUUAACUGAUGAUUUUACAAUGAUUGGUUGUUUGAAAUCAUUAGAAGAAGAAUAACCUAAAAUAAUACCUGGAAAAGAACCUAAAAAAAUUAAGGAUCUUGCUUUUAAAGGUGCUUAACAUAUUUUAUUUGAUGUGAAUGGAAAUAUUUUAGGAAUUACUUAAGGAUUAUAUAAAAUGAUUGAUAGACUAUAAAGAAUUAAAAAUACAUAAAAUUUUGAAUCUUUAAAACAUAAUAGUCAUGAAAAAAGUAAAUCUGAGAAUUCAUCAUUUGAGAGUGAAAGUUUUGAUGUUUAUUAAUAAUAAUGGUCAAAUUAGUUAUUAAAAAUAGAUGAAUUUUAUUAAAAAGUAUUAAUAUGGAUGUUAUUACCAUUUGUUUCAAGAGAGAUAGAAUCUACUGGAAUUGAAUAUUUGAUGGAUGGUGAAACCCCACCUAAAAAUAGAUAUCCAAAUUUAGUAGAUCUAGAAAAUAGCAAUAAUAUUGUUAGUAAUAAAGAAACAUAUUUAUUUAUUCCUGAGGAUAUUAAUUUGUUUGUUUCUUAAUAUGAGAAAGUAUUGUAAAAAAUAAUAGAUGAUUAUCGUAUUUAAUCAAAUAAUUUCUCUUCAGGUAGUUAAUAUAAAGGUAUGAAAAGUGAAUACUAAGAAAGUGAGAGUUUUAGUGCUUAACAAAGUGUUUCUAUAUACAAUGAAAAAUUAUGUUGUUUCUUUUUUGAUUAACAUUUAAAAAGUCAUCAAGCUUUAUAAUUUGGUACUACUAGAUAAUCAGAAAUGUAAAAGGUUUCAGUAAAACCAUCCUCUUAAUCAUAGGUAUCAUUAGAAAGUGAAGAAAAUAGUGAAUAACUUAAAACUAAAGCUGAAAAAAUUUAUUAAGAUAAAUAUACUAAAUAUAUUGAAAAAAUAUCACUUUAAGAUUUCAAUCCAGUUCCUGUUUUUUAUUCAGUUAAUUAUGAAGAAUAUAGAUAUAAAAAAAAUGAUAUUGAAUAAAAAUAACAAUUUUUUGUAAUUGAAUUAAUUGUUAAUGAAUAAUAAUUAUUAAAUACUAUGGGUUAUAAGAGAUAAGUUAGAGAAACUAUUAAAUAAGCAUGUUUAAAUUUUUAAUCUAAAAAACUCUUGAUUGAAUAAUAAAUAUAAACUGAAGAUUCUAAUAGUGUUUAAAGUAAUAUCAGUGAAUAAAGAAGUGAUCAUGAUGGAGAAGUAAUUAAUUACAUGUUUCCUACUCAUCCAUCUCAUUAUUAUGAAGAUUUAUAUAUUCAUUCUCCUUAAAAGGAUUAAGUUUGUAAUUAAUUUAAUUAAAAUGAUAAUAAAUAUUUAUUUAGUAGUCGUAGUGAUGAAAAUGAAUUGUAAAAUAAAUAAAGUGUAAAUACAUAAGAGUCACUUAUGAAAGGAUCUUAGAAAUUGAAAUUUCCAGAAAGGAAUCUUGCUUUAAAAACAAUGAACAAAUUUAUGGAUAAGAAGAGAUAAUAAGAUUUUUUUAAUGAAACAGAUUCUAAAUUGGCUAUUGAUAGUAGAGCAUCAUAAUAAUAAAUAUAUGAAGAACAUUAAGUUAAAUAUUCUGAAAAUCUUAAAAUAUUUGAUUAGAAUUAUAAAUCAAUACAUUCUAAAAUGGAAGAAUUUAAAAAUCCUACUUCAUUUAAAAUUUAAAAAUAUCUAUUAUAUUUUGUACUUUUUUUGAUAAUUGGAUACAUUAUUCUAUUAACAAUAGCAGUAUUUUAAUAAUACAAUUUUAAUGAAUGUUUUAAUUUAAUUGAUUUAAUGUUAUCUACUCAAUAAAGUUAUUCAUAAAUUACUCAUGGCCUCUAUCAUUUAGAAUUAGCAAAUUAAUUUAAUAUCAUAGAUACUAAUUUAAAAGAAUUCUAUUCUUUAUAAAUUGAUUAUAAUCUUUAAAACUUAAUCAAUUUAUAAAGUGAAUAAUUGAUAUAUAUUAAUUAAGUUAACUUUAGUGUCAAUUAAUUUUAUAAUAUUGAAUACUAAUUGAUUCUUAAUCCUACUUUAUAAGAGACUAUUUAAAUGAGUUUAGCUUAAUUUUAUAAAAUAAAAAACAAUACAUUAAAUAAUUCAUAAGUUACAUUAAUUUCUAUUGCUAAUUUAAAGGAAAUAGGAUAAUUACCUAAAUUAGCAUAUGAUAAUUGUUAUGAUGAAAAAGUAUAAAAUGAAGAACAAGUCUAAUCUUUAUUAACAAUUUAUAUGUUAAUUAUUUUCUUUUUAGUUAUGCUAUUAUAAUUUUUGUAAGUACCUUUAAUAUCAAAAUUAAAGAAUGAUCAUAGAAGAUUAUAUAAAAUUGUAAUUAAAUUAUAAGUUUAUGAAGUGCAAGAUGAAAUUGAAACAUAUGAACAUAUUCUUUCAAUAUUUAAAAAGUCAUUGUAUGAAUGGAUGUUAAUUGAUUUUGUAUAAGAAACUCGAAUGUUCUAGAAUAGUAUUGAUAAUAUGUAAUUUUAAACAUAAUAAUUAACUGAAUAAAGUUAGAAUCUCUUGCUUAAUAGUAAUAAUAAAAAAAAUAAGUAUAAAUUAUUAGAGAAAUUGAAAAAAUAACACAUAAAUUAAUUUAAAUACAUUAUAAUAUUGAUGAUUGGAUUAAUAGUAAUACUUGCUUAUUUUUUAAUUAUUUUCUUUGUAAUUUUUAUACUGUCUUAAUAAUUAUUUGCAAAUGCAAACUUUCUAUUCAACUUUAAAUUAAUCCAAUCCUCUUUUAUUAAUAUUAUCAAUAAUAUUGAUUUAGUAUGCUAUAAUACAUAUGAUUAAAAUAGUUUUAUGAAUAUAAUGAAUUAAGAAGAAUUUAAUAAUUAUGCAUUAUCAUUAAAAAGUGAUUAGUAAGAUUAAUAUAUAGAAUUCAAUAAUAACUUCGCUUCUAUAGUGAGUGAUGAAUAAUUAAAAUAUAAUUUAUAAUAAAUAAAUGAAAAUAAUAUAUGUUUAGAUUAGAUUGGAAUUAUUUGUAAUGAAACUUAAGCUUAUUAACUCAAUCCCAAUAUAUUCUAAUAUUAUUAACAUGGUAUGAAGUAUUUAAUUACUUAAAUUGAUAAAUUAAUUUAAUCCUAACCACAUUUCUUCUAUAAUAGUUAUAAUAAUAAUAAUACUUUUAAAUAAGUAUAAGACUUUUUAUUGAGUAAUGAUCAUAUCAUAUAUAUUGAUUAUGGAAGUGAAGUCUUAACUAAAGCAUAUGCAAAAUUAGUAGAAACUGCAUAUAAAGCAUUUGAUUAAGCAUUAAAAACCUAUAAAUAAACACUAAUGAUAUUCAUUUUAAGUGUAGGAAUGCUUGGGUUGCUUAUUAUUUUGAUGUUGGGUAAAUUAUUGCUGAAUAUGCAAUAAGAUUCAAUUCGUACUUGCUAAUCCUCACUUCUUCUCAUUUCUCCUAAAAGAUAUUUGAAUCAAAAUAUAGCAUAGUUAACAUAGAAAAAAAGAUGA